UCGGAAUGAUAAAGAAAAAGUUUUUGAUUACGAUGUCGACUUGUUAAUAUAAAUGUAAAUGACAUAAAAUAAGAAGUCGACUUGUUUAUUAAUUAAGUCAACUUGCUUAUUUGAUGUUAACUUUAUUCGUUCUCACGGUCAGAUUCCCACGGUCCGUAUUUUACUUCCUGUGCUGACACAUUAAAGAUGGAGAUCGACAGCAACAACAUCAGCGGGAGCAGUGGAAACGAGUCAUAACUGCUUGGUCACCUGCCCGUCUAAUAAAUGGUCAAAGACAAUGGAAGCAAGCAAUAUUUUAAAGUUACUCUGUUGUCUCCUUUGUGUUGCUGAUCAUGACGUUACAGGAAUACCUUACCCAGGCGAUGAUGCUUCUGUGCCUGAACUAGUCCAAUACUAUCAUCAAUUAUGCUACACGUCCCUUCAAAUAUGUGGAUUUCUUUUGUUUGUUCACGGAACAUUCAUGAGUUGUUCCAUGUUAAAAAGACUUAAGAGAAGAUUAAAUAUCAGACGGCGUAACAACCAGUCGCCAUUACCUACAGUUGUAAGGACAAUCCUGGCUUUACACCGUAAUGGCCUGUCUAAUGUUGGAUACAGGUAUAUGUGGAGGACUCUGAACAUAGGCUUUGGACUUUGCGUCACACAAUCAAGAGCAAGGCUUUGCUUAAGAACAAUAGACCAACAGGGUGUACUCAACAGAUCGCGUCGAGUUCUUCGAAGGAGAGUGUACUACAAUAGAGGACCAAACUAUCUGAUUCAUGUCGAUGGUUACGAUAAAUUAAAACCCUACGGCAUAGCUAUACAUGGGGCAAUCGAUGGAUACUCUCGUAAACUUUUAUGGUUGAUAGCAAGUCCCUCCAACAAUAACCCCAGAUAUGUCGGUUACUGGUAUCUUAAUUGGAUCAAACAAAGAAAGAUGCUUCCAAGGGUUGUUCGAUCGGAUGCAGGAACAGAAAACGUCAUAAUGAGGGAUUUACAAAGAUCGUUGCGACAUAAUCAAAACGAUGAAAUGUCGGGACAAAAUUCUUUUCUCGUCGGCAGAUCUGUUGCAAAUCAAAGAAUAGAAAGGCUUUGGGGUACACUAAAAACGAGUUUCACCCAGUUUUGGAGAAACCGUUUCCAGGAUUUCCAAGACACUGGACUUCUUAAUGUAUCGUGUCCAGUACAUAAAGAAUGUGUUCGAUUUUGUUUCCUCUCCGUUAUCCAACAUCAAUUGGACAUGUUUGCUGAGAACUGGAACUCACAUAGAAUAAGAAGACAACGUGCUGAAGUUGUAACACCAAGUGGUAUUCCAAAUAUGUUAUACUAUCAGCCAGAGAUCUUUGGUGGAAGAGACUGUUCAUUUCCUUUACCAUGUAACUUACAAACAAUUGACAAUCUCAUAGAGGAAUAUACAGAGAACUUUCCAGAGCAUGGCUGUAGCAAUGAAUUUAUUAACAUUGUCGAGUUGCUUACUGGAAACAGACGAGAUCAGUUUCCCAUCAUCACAUCAUACGAUGACGCAGAGCUAUUGUUUCGGACAUUGAUUGCUGCCUUACCGAAUUGAACAUUUGCUAUACAUUUUUUAUACAAUAAUGAUUUUUCAAACAUAUUUUUAGAAAUUAAUUAUAUAUAUAAUAUAAGUAGGUUUGAUAUUUGGUUUUACCAUACAAGAAUUAAAUCAAACAAAAUUACUAUGAGUUACU